CUAAAGGAAUCCAAACAGGCAGUGAAUAGCCUUCGGGAUAUCGUUGAUGAUGAUGAUGACGACCUUGAGAGGGUCAGCUGGAGUGGAGAACCUGUGGGAAGUAUCUCCUGGUCAAUCAAAGAGACAGCCUCCAGCAGCACCAGCUCACUGGAGGGCCGAGACUCCAGCCUACAGAAGGGCUCUUCAUCCUAUGCUGCUUUUCCCAAACAAGUUUCCUCCUACUCUCUAAGCAGCCUGUUCAAAGGACGAAACAAACUUCCAAGUUUCCAGUCCCUUUCAGAUGCCCUCUCUGACACGGGAGUUAAAAACUAUGCCCCAGAGCUGCGCAGACCAAAAGCUGAGUACAAGGAUUACAGCAAUGAUUGGAGCCCCAAAGAUACGGUCAGGCGAAUGCAGAGAGGCAAGGUCUGCUCUCUUGAAAGAUUUCGCUCCCUGCAGGACAAGCUGGUGCUCUUGGAUGAAGCUGUGGCAGGGCAUGAUGGAAAUGUCAUUACAGCCGUCCUGAUAUUCCUGAAAAGGACGCUAAGGAGAGAGAUCUUGUUUCGGGAGCUGGAGGUGCGGCAGGUGGCCUUGUGCCAUCUGAUCCAUUUCCUCAAAGAGACGGGUGAGCAGAAGUUGCUUCUGGAUCUGCUCAGGUUCCUAGACAGGACUGAGGAGGUUGCUCUGUCCCAGUACCGGGAACAUUUGAACAUACAGGAUGUAGAAAAAAGGAGGGAGUUUCUGAAAGGCUGCAUUGGGCUGCCAUUCUCUGCUGAGGAUACCUCUCAUAUCCAAGACCAUUAUACCCUGUUGGAACGACAGAUCAUCAUUGAGACCAAUGACCGGCACUUGGAGACGUCCGGGCAGUCAGAGAUAUUUCGGAAAUAUCCUCGCAAGGCUUCAAUUCUCAACAUGCCACUAGUGACCACCCUCUUCUAUUCCUGUUUCUACCACUACACAGAGGCUGAGGGAACAUUCAGCAGCCCGACCAACCUAAAGAAAACAUUUAAGAUUCCUGAUAAGCAGUAUGUGCUGACUGCCCUGGCUGCCCGUGCCAAGCUGCGAGCCUGGGAUGAUGUGGAUGCCCUCUUCACUACCAAGAACUGGCUGGGCUACACCAAGAAGAAGGCACCUAUUGGCUUCCACCGAGUGGUGGAGAUCUUGCAGAGGAGUAGUGCUCCUGUGCAGGUGCUACAGGAGUAUGUGCGCCUGGUGGAGGAUGUGGAGACACGACUGAGCCUGGCCACCAAAUACAAGUGCCAUGAUGUUGUCAUUGAGACGUACAAGGAUCUAAAGGAUCGCAUCCAGCUGACAGCAUAUAAAUGCAAGGUGGAGCGUGGCUCUGCAGAGGAAGAGAAGAUAAACAGCAUUCUCAACAACAUGCAAAUCCGAUGGAAGAACUGAGCACCUGUGAAGCAGCCUGUUUGGCUGCUGCCUUGCCAGUGAAAGAGGAAACUGCAAAACCCAGCCCAGUGCCAACAGAGCAACUCUGUUACUACUCAUUGCAUGAUCAACGUUCGUCAGUUACAGUGGCUUGUGGGACAGUGGCAUUCAGGCUGGUUGAACACAGCUGCUCCAAUGUAGCCAGCAAAACCAUGGUAC